AGCAAAACACACGUGCAAAACAUUUUCUGUUCGGUCGUUUCGGUUUAACAUUUUCCCUAUCUGGUUAUCGGAUUUCUGUACCUAUUUUGUUCAUUUAAGCAGUAGCAGUCUCACACACCAUGAAGAAGGACAAAAAACAAAAAGCCGGUGGCUUGAAAAACGGAAAAGCAAAGGAACCGGCGACGCCAGCAGCCACGGAAGCAUCGAGCUCGGUAAACAGAAAUCCGGAUCUGGUCAAAACGAUCAACGACGACGAUGAAGUGGAGGAUUACUCCGAGGAGUCGGACCAGGAGGUGGAGUACCAACCGACAAAGAUGCGAGCCCAGAAAAAGGGCGACUUCGAUGGAGCGUUCCAGUUUGUGUCCUCGGUGAAGGAGUACAAUCACGACACGUGGGACGAUCUGAUGCGGUUUGUGAAGCGCAAAAACCGGGGCAAAGUCGACGACAAGAUUGCCGAUGUCAUCCGAAACCGCUCGAAGGAGGAAGCGGAUGUGCUGGGUCGCGAAGAGGAGGAAGACGGCGAGGAGACCGGUGCAACCCGCACCUUCCACUCAGAGGUGGACCUGUCCGACGACGAGCUGAAGCACGAUUACAUGAAGGUGAAGGAGCGUAAAGGAAGAAAGGCACGAGCAGCGGCUGCCGAGAAUGGUCACGCGGAACCGACAGUCAAGGUGCAGGAGGAUACGGAGGACGGUGCGAAAGAUUACUUCGAGGAGGCGGAAGGUACGAACGAGCACAUCCAAUCGUUCUACCAGAUGGAUCUCUCCCGUCCACUGAUGAAGGCGAUUGGUGCGUUGGGUUACAUCUACCCGACCCCGAUCCAGGCGUCCACCAUACCGAUCGCACUUCUGGGGCGCGAUAUUUGCGGUUGUGCCGCUACCGGAACUGGUAAAACGGCCGCCUACAUGUUGCCCACACUCGAGCGUUUGCUCUACAAACCGAAUGCGGCACAAGCGGUAACUCGCGUACUGGUGCUCGUGCCGACGCGCGAGCUUGGCGCACAGGUCUACCAGGUCGCCAAACAGCUGACUCAGUUCACUAACGUCGAAGUAGGCAUCGCCAUCGGUGGUCUGGAUGUGAAAGCACAGGAGGCCGUGCUGCGCACGAACCCAGACAUCGUGAUUGCCACGCCGGGACGAUUGAUCGAUCACAUCAAGAAUACGCCCAGCUUCUCGCUGGAUUCUAUUGAGAUCCUGAUUCUCGAUGAAGCAGAUCGUAUGCUGGACGAGUACUUUGCGGAGCAGAUGAAGGAAAUCAUUCGCAGUUGUUCGGCCACCCGGCAGACAAUGCUCUUCUCGGCCACGAUGACGGAGGAGGUGAAAGAUUUGGCCGCGGUUUCGCUGAAGAAACCAGUCAAAAUCUUUGUCAACAACAACCAAACGGUAGCGUUUAAUUUGCGCCAAGAGUUUAUAAGGGUGCGUGAGGGCCGUGAGGCGGAUCGCGAACCCAUUCUGGCCGCACUCGUGUGCCGUACCUUCCACGAUCACUGCAUGGUGUUUGUGCAGACGAAGAGGACCGCCCAUCGGUUGCGCAUCCUGCUCGGGUUGCUCGGUGUCAAGGCCGGAGAGUUGCACGGAGAUCUGACGCAGGCGCAACGUUUGGAGUCGCUGAAACAGUUCAAGGACGAACAGAUCGACGUGCUGGUGGCGACCGAUGUUGCAGCCCGUGGUCUCGACAUUAGCGGCGUUACAACCGUCAUCAACUUUGUGAUGCCCGCAACGCUGGAGCACUACAUCCAUCGAGUGGGUCGUACGGCUCGUGCGGGCCGUGCCGGUGUAUCGGUGUCCCUGGCCGGCGAGUUGGAACGACGCAUCGUCAAAGACAUCGUCAAGAACGCCGUCAACCCGGUUAAGAACCGUAUCAUUCCGGCGGAAAUCAUCGACAAGUAUCGGGCCAAGGUGGCUGCACUCGAGUCCGAAAUCGAUAAGGUGUUGGCCGAGGAGCGCGCCGAGAAGAUGCUCCGGCAGGCGGAACAGCAGCUGACGAGUACAGAGCGCAAACUGAAGGGCAUUGCGCCGCCCAAGACGGACGGACCACCGCGCGAAUGGUUCCAAUCGCAGCGCGAAAAACGCGAAGAGAAGGAUCGCCUAUCCGGUGUCGAUCCGGAGGAGCUGGCAGCAAAGCGAAAAGCCAAGAAACGGAAGCGCAGGGGAGACGAAGACGAUGAGGAUGAUUUCGAUCCGGUACGCUACCAUCAGGAGAAGAUGAAGAAGGCGAAGGUGACCACUAGCAACGGGGGCAAGAAAUCGACAGCAAAGACCGUCAACGAAAACAAAUCAGCAAAGCAGCAGGCAAAGGAACGGGCCAUGGAGGAACUCCGGAAGGUGUCGAUGGUUCAGGCGAAGCUGUCCAAGAUUCGUAACCGUCCGACCCGUGUCACUGCCACUAGCGAGGAUGCGGAUGAUCCACGACCGAAUGGUAUCGGGGGCGGUGGUAAGCGCAACAAGAAGAGCAAGAACACAACGCGCUUCGAGCGUGACCUGACCGAUGUCGGAGCGAAGAGCGUGAAGAAGCUGCGGUACGAUGCGACUAAGAAGCAAAGGAUGGACAAGCUGGACAAGCGCAAGACGAGUGGGUUGAAGAUCAGCACCGAAAAGUUCCGCAACAAACAGGGAAUGAAUCGACACAAUAAGGGCAAAUCCUUUGGCCAGAAAGGACCGAAGGCAGGCGGUGGCGGCGGCGGCUUUGGUGGUGGCCAGAAAGGUGCCAAGGGUGGUGGUAAAGGUGGCAACAGAGGAGGCCGACGGAAGUGAGUUACUGGAACGGAACAAAGAACGGAUUACUGUGUAAACUGGAGAGAGUGCUUGAUGCUCUACAAUAAACGAAUUGAAGUAAAUUCCUUUCGAUUUUUUUUUGCCUAGUGUCAUCCAUGU